CUCUGAUGUUUAAUGUUGUUUAUAUUACCCGCCAAGGCGCGUAGUUGAAACGGCACUGAAUUCGCCUCGAGGUAUAGUGGGAUCAGAUUAUAUAGUGGUUCUUGCGGUACGAGGUCUACUUAUAUUCCUCCAAUGAGAAAUUACAACUUGCUCCAUAUGGGACGAGGUAGGUUGAUGUUAGACGGAGAUUAUCAGCCCUUCCUUUACAGCCACACGAGAUAUGGUUGAUUAAAUUCCACUAUAUGACCCGCUGGGUAGGCUCUGGGCGGGCUUCCGAGGACCACCGAUGGGUUUCAUGAAGAAAUUCGAUUCCGGAGAUAGAGCUAUAUAAACCGCUCCCCUCGCCCUCGAGAUCGUCACUCUGCUCCUUGCCUGACACAGUCGAUCACCUUGUCAAUCACAACCCGCAAGCAAAUCCGAUCAACCGCUCACCAUGGUCUACCUAUCCAAGCUCGUCAGCCUCGCGGCUCUGCUUCCCGCCGCGCUGGCGUGUAAUGCGUAUACGGGCGGUGUGCCGACUGCUACGUCGACGAAGACGAAUAGUAAGGUCAUUGAGGUCGCUGCGGGGAAGGUGUAUGAUGGUGGAUGGGCGAGGUUUGAUCGCGGGAGUGGUGCUUGUAAUGAGCAGGCUGAGGGAGGUGACGCUGAUGCUGUCUUCCUCCUCCGCUCUGGUGCCACUCUGAGGAACGUUAUUAUCGGCAAGAACCAGGCUGAGGGCGUGCACUGCGAUGGGCCUUGUACGCUUGAGUUCGUGUGGUUCGAGGACGUCUGCGAGGACGCCAUCACCGUUAAGAACGACAAGGCUGGCCAGGAGACCUGGAUUAUUGGCGGUGGUGCGUACCACGCCAGUGAUAAGGUUGUUCAGCACAACGGCUGCGGUACUGUGAACAUCAUCAACUUCUAUGUUGAGGAUUACGGCAAGCUUUACAGGUCGUGCGGAAACUGCUCUUCCCAGUGCAAGCGCAACGUCUACAUCGAGGGCGUCAUUGCCAAGAACGGCGGCGUGCUCGCGGGUAUCAACUCCAACUACGGGGAUACCGCUACGAUCAAGAACAGUUGCUUCGAUACUGCGCACUCGUGCCAGAUGUUCACUGGUUGCAACAACGGCUGCGAGCCCGCUAAGGCUGGGUACUGCUCUGGAUAAGCUUGUGGUGUGGUG